AUGCUGGCCCCCGUCCCACAGCCUCUGCCCGACACCAACACCGACGCCAACACCGACGCCGACACCGACACCCGUCUCCCAGCCCAAACCCCCCUUGAUGGCUGUCAGCUCUGGCAAGUGGCGACGGCCCUGAGGCUUUUCCUCGACCAACACGCGUGGCAUGGCCAUGGCCACCGUGCCGCUUCCUCGGAAUCGUCGUCGUCCGUGGGAUCCAUGACGGCCAACGACGGGGCGACGUGGGAGGUGACCCUGGAUAACCUGUCUCUCGUCCGGCGGCCCUCGCUUCGAUCCAACGAGAGCACCUCGCCCUCGCGAGAUCGUCUCGAACACUUCGGCAAGGCCUUCUUCCAUCGACGAGCGAGGUCGAAGCGAGGAGGCAGCUCUCCGAGCUCGUCGACGAGCUCCGUGUACUCGGUCGAUGAUCCUCUUGACAACGGCCCCGCCAGUCCCAAGGAAUCCUUCAUCCCCGCCAUCUUCUCUCGUCGGAAGCCGUCGCGGGAUGAGCCCGCCGCCCAGAGGAAGCUCCAGAUCUCGGGUCCCUUCAACUUCCAGCAUCUGGCACACAGGCCGAGCCCUCGCAACCUUGCUGCCGAUGGCCAUGCCCGCUUGGAACCGGCAACGUGUCCCGGUCCCUACGCCCAUCGACGAGCCGCCGAACCAUCCACCGCGAGCCGGAUGGCGCCGCCCUCGCCGAGCACCUCCCACCUGCCGUUGGCCUUAGCCGAGGAUCGGUACGACAACCACUGCCAAACGUGCCCUCCCCCUUCACCCUUGGUCCCGCGUCAGAUGAGUUCGCCUGCGAGCCCUCCACGAUACGUCAACCACGCUCGUUCCGAGAAUCGACACAGAGCGUGUCCGCCUCGAGCCCUGCGCCUGCACGAACAUCCGCCGUCCUCUGCGAGGCCCAUCACCCCGUCCUCGUCCCCCUCCGUUCCUCUGCGUUUUUCUCGCCGGCAAUCGGCGUGCGGGGAGUUUUUUGACUUGGAUCUGUCGGCUCGAGCCGAUCGCCCUCCAACAACUGGUGGCUUCUGUCGACCACAGCCGUUCUCCCCUUUCGCAUCUACCGAGCAGCUGCCAAAGUCCAGUCCGAGCUACGAUGACGUGCCGCCAUCCGAAACGGAGCUUCCUGCUGUGGCCGGACCUUCUCACGAUGUCGCCUGGCCGCUGUCCUCUCCUGGCCAAGGGUCACAUGCGGCCGUCUUGCCGGCGCUACCUGAUGUGCCCGAGGAGGAGGAGGGCCACGGACCGAGCCGGCGCUCGCGAUUGAGCUUGAUUAGCGACAACUCUUCGCUCCGAGCAAGUCAAUCGGUUCCUCUGAUGCGAUCAAUGCCGCCCUCGCAUCGUCCCAUGAGUGGCACAUCCGAUACCCUUGGCUGCCUCGACAUGUCGCCACCCGACAGGACGGUCCACUCGCGGCAUCAGUCCGGAAUCGAAGCCGAGCUGUCGUCGUUCAGGGAGAAUUGGGAAGAUGACAUCGACUACUGCUACGAGCAUGAAGCAGAGGCCAACUGCGACUACGAAUGGGGACGGCCGUCCUUCGACGCAGCCUCGUUCGAUGCCGCUUCCUCCCCACAUCUGCCAUCGGCGGAAGAAGGCUCAGCUGAGAUGGUGCCGGAUGGCCUAGCUCUCACAUUUUCGGCCAUGACGUGCCCUUCACGGCAGGCCAUGCCCUCCCUCAGUCCUGCGAGCCAAACCUCGAUCGGUCUCAGCCACGAAGUGGUGACACCAACGUCCAGCAUGGGCGUGACGAACAACUUUUCCCUUCCCCGCGGGGACAAGACGAGCCUGUGGCCUAUGGAGUUAAAGUUUGAAUGCCGCACGCCUGAAACUUGCGGCUUCAGGGAAUCACAGGUCUUUGCCUUGUCUCCAUCCUCGUUCGUACCGCCCGAGUACCAGCAGCAGCUGGUUCUGCAUGAGGGCGAGGGACCGCAGGACUUGAGUAACCAAUCGGCCUCCUGUCAGGACGAUUAUUCGCGAAUGCACAAUCUGGUCGCCUCUUACCAGCGAUACAGCACAUCCACGACCACGACCGCUUCCACAUCUCGCUCAAACUCGACUGGAAAGCGGCACAUGUCUACGACUUCAUCGCAGACGACAUUGACGCGGUACACCGCGAGCAACACGUCUCUCAACAAAUUGGCAGCCACCUGGGCCGACGAGCAGGAGCGUCCAUCCACCACGAACUUGUCGGUUCUGCCGAAGCCGGCCAAGCCGGACCUGUCGGCGGCACGGCAUGUGAUUCCCGAACAAAUCCCCGCCACCUCUGCUGGGAACAUGAGGAAUGCGUGCCACAAAAGCCACGCCAGCGAGCCUCUAGUAUCCGGCGAGGCUCCUCCUUUCAAGUUGUACGACCUCCCCAGGCCGCGGAGACAGCGCGCGAGAACUACCAGCCUGAGCUCUCAAGCCCAGCCUGUUGAGCAAUCUGUCUAA